AUGCCGGUUGUUCCCGUGCCGGGUGUGCCAGUUGUUCCCGUGUGUGUUGUUCCGGUAUGUGUUGUUUCCGCGUGCGUUGAUCCCGUGUGUGUUGUUCCGGUAUGUGUUGUUUCCGCGUGCGUUGAUCCCGUGUGUGUUGUUCCGGUAUAUGUUGUUUCCGCGUGCGUUGAUCCCGUGUGUGGUGUUCCCGUGUGGGUUGUGCCGCUUGUCAUGCCAGAUGCCUCGGAGGAACCUGUAAGGUGAAUGAAUCGAAAUAGUGACGAUAUGUUACCACUUUAGAAUGACAAAGUGCUAAUAAACGAUUGUCGUGUGAUAAAGAAUG